UCAGAUAGACUAGCUGUGAUAAUUAUUGGUAUAAUAACAUUAAUUUUAGGCAUUCUCCUAACCACAAUACCAUGGUUAGAUUAUUUCAUAUUAAAGAAUUUAAGGCUGUGGAACGAUACGCUCAGUUAUCAUUAUUGGCAGAGACCAGGGGUCAUUCGUCUAACUAAAGUCUACAUUUAUAAUGUCACAAAUCCCGAGGGGUUUCUAAGUGGCGAAAAACCAAAGCUACAAGAGGUUGGACCUUUUGUUUAUAGGGAAGACAUGCAAAAGGUGAACGUUAAGUUUCACGACAAUUUCACAGUGUCAUAUCAGCACAAAAAAAUCUUAGAAUUUGUUCCUGAAUUAAGUAUUGACAAGAAUACACCAAUUGUCACACCUAACAUACCUCUACUGACAUUAACCAGCUUAAGUCCCAAAUUGGGUUACGUAUUAUCGAAAACAAUAUCUGUCAUAUUGACGGCUGCCAAAUUUAAACCAUUUAUUAAUGUAACAGCUGAACAACUGGUGUUCGGCUAUGAUGAUCCGCUGGUAACGCUGGCACACAAAUUCUAUCCGAAACAUUUGAGACCUGGCGAACGAAUGGGAUUAUUAAUUGCACGCAACGGUACCUUAUCAGAAGUGUCCUCGAUUAAGACUGGUUACUUGGGUAUGCAGGAUUUCGGUUAUAUUGAUCGUCUAAAUGGUAACGAUCAUUUUCCCCAAUGGGACGAAGAACCAUGCACCCGAAUUGCCGGUUCGGAGGGUUCUUUCUUCCCACCACGAGAUCUAACAAAAUCGGAUAUGGUUUAUGUCUACGAUAAGGAUUUGUGCCGUGUCAUACCAUUGAAAUAUGAGAAGUCAGUUGAAAAGGAUGGUUUAAAUGCUGAUUUAUAUAAAUUACCCGAAAACAGUUAUGGAGAUGCGGAGAGUAAUCCCGAAAAUAAAUGUUAUGAUACCAAAGACUAUAAUGCCUUGAAGGGUUUACAAAAUAUUAGUCCUUGCCAGUAUGGUGCUCCCGUCUAUCUAUCGAAUCCACAUUUCUAUCAGGCGGACCCACAAUUAUUGGAGACUGUAGAAGGUUUGUCACCAAAUCCCGAUGAGCAUGAAACUUAUUUUAAAAUACAACCGAAACUCGGUGUACCCUUGGAGGGUAAAGUUCGCAUCCAAUUGAAUCUGAGAGUUACCCAGGCGAAACACAUUUUCCCCGUCAAGGAUUUUCGCAGUUUUAUGUUUCCCGUUAUGUGGCUGGAGGAGGGAAUUUCUGAUCUGACACCACCGAUACGACGAUGGAUUUAUUUGGCCACCGUUUUCGCACCAACCGUUAUACCCAUUGGCUCGUAUCUGAUGAUAGCUGGUGGGGCAAUUGCCAUAAUUUAUGUGUUCCUGCGUGCCUAUCAGAAUUAUGUGUUUGCCCAUGAUCCGACCUUGGAAAUAUUGGAGAUGGGCAGACGUUCAUUAAGACGUAGCAGUACAUUUAUAGCUCAUCAUCAACAUCGCUUUAUGCAUCGCGAAUCAUAUACCCUGCUCAGGGCGACAUCGACAAAUAGCAGCAAUACAAAUAAUGCCAGCACAGAACAUAGUGGUGGGGUUGGUUGUAAUAGUAAUAAUAGGAGGGGGAGUCGGGUGGAUAUUUCCGCUGAACCAACAACAGACAAUGAAGUGCUCAUUUUAACGACCAAUAGCAGCGAUUCUAGUUCAUAG